AUGAGCCAUCACGCUGCCCAACCAACGAAUGGCCGCCAUAACCACAGAAAUGCUGCUGCCAAACGUCCUUCAUCAAUUGCCGAGCUGGCGGACAGGGCGAUGCUUGACUUGUGGGACGAGAACAAGGACUUCAAGCACUACCUUCGGUUGGCCGAGAAAUAUAGGCGGGAAGGAAAAGAAUGUGCAAAGCGUGGCGACCUCGAAGGCGCCUUCGUCGAGCUAGCCCGGGCAGCGACCCUCGUGCUCGAGAAGUUGCCCAUGCACAAGGACUACCAUGUCGUCUUGAACGCCAAUCAGCGCCACAACCUAGGCUUGAACGGUCAAGAUAUUCUGGACAACCUCAGCGACCUCAAGCCUACGCUUGUGGACAGAUACGACAAGUGGUUGCAGAAGCAUCCGGACGGCAUCGACCAUGAACGCACUCCGAAUGCUCAAACACAGAAAAUCGCCGACGAUGAAGCCCGUGCGCAGACGGAGGAACGGGCUCGCGACCAGCGGCGCCUAGCGGAAGAAGCGGAGAGGUGGCGGCAACAACGACUACAUCAAGAAGAAGUUGAAAGAGCUCGUAAGAGAGAGGCCGAUACUGCACGCAAAGCCAACGUCCCGAAGCCUGCACCUGGCCCCGACCUUGCAUUCUCAAGAACACCGAUGCAAAACACCGGCUACGGGUCCUCCAAUACGAUUGUCUUAUCCGACGGCCGGCCUCCCGAAGAGAUGACACGCCAGCAGAGGAUGCAGGAGGAGAUGCGACUGAGGGAGGAGGAGAUAACGAAGCGGCAAGCAGAGCAGAAGCGAAGACUAGAGCAGGAGGGAAUUGCUCGACUCCAGCAGGAGGCUGAGGAAGCUGCCCGUGCUGCUCGCCAGAAUAUAACCACCGCUGUCACGCCCACAGCGCCUCCUCCUCCACCUGUAAUCCCAGCUCCUCCCCCUGGACCUUCUUUUCCAACUAUCGAGUAUCCAGCAGCCCGACCACCCCAACCACCUUCCCAACCACCUGGACGCCAGAAUGGAUACUUGGAUCCACAUCCCAAUCCGCCAAUGAUCAUGCCACUUGAAAGCCCUUCACGAUAUGAAGGUGACUCCACGGACUCUGAAUCAAUACACCACUUUGAUUAUCGCAAACAAGGCAAGCAGCGAAUGCCCCCUGCUCCGCCUGCAAGGAACAUGCGAAGUCCGGCUUAUCCACCACCUAUAACCACGACCUCGCCGCCUCCUGGAGAAGCAUCCAUUCGCUAUCCGGCCCUUAUGUCGCCGCAUCAGAAGACACAAGGAUAUUACCCUUCGCUGGGCUCAAUGUUCGCAGAUGCAACCAACUUCAAUUCUACAGGGUCGUCGAUGCUUUUCGGGUCGAACGCGAACCGAGCAGGACCGAGCUACCCCGCAUUACCCCCUUCGUCAGCCCCAGUCAAUAGACCUCCGUAUCCCUACAGCCAACAACAGGCACAAGGUUCGAAUAAUGCAUACACGCGACCACCCCCGCCUCUUCCUGUCGGUACAGCACCCCCACAGUCAGCACCUCCGACACAGGCGGAUAUGGACCGUAUCAUCCGGAUAUCAGAUCCGAAGCUCGAUUCUGUGAAACCACUGAAGCUGGUUACACUGCCCCGCGAAUGUCUGCCUCGGUUCUUGAUCAUAGCGAAGGUCAACACGGAGAUGAACAGAGAGACGUGCGGUUUGCUGCUGGGCAAGGACAGAGGACAUAAGUUUGCCGUCACGACGCUGCUGAUUCCCAAGCAACAUUCGACGAGCGAUACCUGCACGAUGGACGAGGAGGAGCUAGUCCUUCAAUUUACAGAAGAAAGGAACUUGAUCACUCUUGGCUGGAUACACACGCAUCCUUCACAGUCAUGUUUCAUGUCAUCCGUUGACCUACACACUCAUUCAGGUUUCCAACGCAUGCUUCCGGAGUCAUUUGCCGUUGUCUGUGCACCUAAAUCUAAUCCGAAUUUUGGUAUAUUCCGUUUGACAGAUCCUCCAGGAUUACAAACCAUCCUUGCAUGUACUGAAAAAGAGGCGUUUCAUCCGCAUCCUGACACGCCUAUCUACACGGAUGCUGACAAGGGCCAUGUACAAAUCAAAGACGCUGCAUUGGAAAUUGUCGACUUGCGAUGA